CAGAUCCUCUUGGAUUACUGUCCUGCUUGAAGUGAGUUGUCGAAUUGGGAGAAUUGAAAAAUCAACGGUUGCGUAACUUCCUACCGCCCCCUGUAUGCGACCAGGUGACAUUUAUUGAUAUUUUUUGUGCUGCUUAUUUCUUCCCUGCUAGAAUUGUUUGCCUUACGUGACCUCUUCCUUUGAAGAUAGCGUUGGAGAGAACUUUCCAUUAACAAGAUACAUCAGCAUAAAAGAAAUAUUGCGCCUUGUACAAUUUCUCAUUGUCUUGGGAAAUACAGUUAUCCCAUCGUCUUCUUUACCACGGACGAACGGCGUUCGUUAACGGUUUGACCCACUGAAUCUCAUCUAUUUUUUAUUUGACCCAUCACAACUAUUCCGCCCAGAACUUGCAAGAGAAGCCGACCGUCGACGACGCAACUUCAAUCAAUCCAAUUACUUUUAUAAUUCAUAACCGAUGAGCAACAAGUCUCAAUCCUCCAGGUCGCAGGCCGAACCCUAUCGGGAGCGCCUGUCUGCAGAAGUKGAAGGCCUCAAGAAACAAGUCGAACAGCUCCGAAAACACGUACAGCAUGGGCAGCCGCAACCAAAUCAUCCACACCGUAAUCUCGCGGCUGCUGCUGCAGUCCAGAUGCACUCACAAGGUGGCCAAUCCCAGCACAAUCCCUUCGGGGGUGGCUACGGUAGAAAUAUGCAGGGUUCGUUCAACGCACAACAACUAUCGCAACARCAGCACAUGUCGCAACAGGAGCAGCAAGAUCAACAAGAACAACAACGCAGAGCGAACCUCAUCGCAUCUCUCCCUCCCUCGCUAUUGGCAGGCGGCGGCCAAGACAACUACGGUGGACCACAAGCUCCAUCGCAACUGGGCUUCAGCAAGGACGACUUCACUAGCAUGAUGCGCGGGAAACAGCAGUCUAGAGCAUCGCAACUGGCUAAGAUUAUGGAGGAGCGAAGAAAGCUCCGCGCCGAUCUAGAUUCGCUCGAGCGACAGCGGCAACAGAUCCUAGAUGAUCCGGGUGGUGCGGCGUCUUCGGGAAACUUUCAUGAUUUGCAGGACAGGUUCGGAUCGAACAAUCCCCAUCUCCGGUCCAUGGGUGGGUCAUCGAAUAUUCAUCACCACAUGGGGGGCGGUGGCCCCCGUGGUGGUCCUGGAUUCGGUGGCGGCCACGCAGUUCCGCCGUCAAUCAUUGCGGGGGCAAGGGAUGCUUUGCAACGAUACCCUUCGGCAAUGCAAUUUCCCGGCUCGAACAACGGCGGCAACGUUGCAUCGGCCAUGGCGUCAAGUCGAAAUCAUCCGAUGUCCGAGAACGAUCUUACUCCCCAGCAAGUCAUGGAUGGAGGAUCUUCUAACUUCGGUGGAUCAAAUAUCCCAUCCGGAAGAGGUGGUUAUCCUACACCACCGUCUGGUGCAGCUAAUAACGUUGGAUCAAACCUCGGGCAUUUGAAAAGAGCCAGGGGUGAUUUCGACGUUGCGGCGAUAAAACGAGAAGAGAUGGAAGUCGCUGCUAGAAGAUCCUCCAUGAAUGCAGAUCACCAUUCUGUUGACCACUUUGGGGACAAGAGGAGACGAAUGAUGACUGAGGCGGCGCUUCGGGAAGAGCUCCAAAAGCGGCACCUAGACACCACUGCUAACUUUUCUGCUGCUGCAGGAUUGAAGCCAACCUAUGGGGGACGGGUGUCGUCGUUGUAUCCUCCAAACGAAAUCCUUCUCGGGGACAAGCAGUCGCAUGCUACCGAUUCCAUCAGUGCACUCUCGAGCUCUCACCGUCUGCUAGCGAGCCAGCGAGAAGCACAAAACAUGCUGUACUACGGAAACAGUAUGAACAGCAAUGGUUCCAACCGCAGCAACGGCAGUCCUACAUUGAACUCAGGCUUCUUCGAUCCAAUGCAACAUGAUCGGAAGCUUCCCGAAAAGAAACAAAGGCUUUCAAAGAACUUUGUACCCGAAGCUGACACCGUAGUAUUGGGGAAAGGAAACAUUCCCAAGACAAACUUUGGAAAUCUGAAACUGAAGGGUCUUGUCAUGGACAGUCUAAUGGAGUACGCCAACGGAGAACGACGCAAGAAAAUUGCCGUUAUUUCGAAAAUCAUCCGCUGGGUCACGUCUCGUAACUACCAGACUACAGGAUUUGUUAAGUUCGAAGACGACACGUGGUGGGAAAUGACCGAACGGGAUGCAAGGGUCAAAAUCACUGCAUUGUUCCGCGAUUGCCUACAUGACCAAUACCGAUCGAGUUCCAGUAGCAAGGUCAAGCGAAGACAGGAACUCAGAAAAAGAGAAAUCACUGGAGGAGGGAGUCCAACCGGUAGUACCUCUGAAAAUGACAAAGAAAAAGAGGGAAUAGGGAUAGACAAAAGCAAGCAGACACUGACCGAAGAGGGAAAUGGGUAAUUAUUUUCAUUCUUCGGUACGACUACCAUUGGGUACCGCACUGCGAUGUUUGUUUUAUUUGUAAUUCAUAACAGAAGAGAACGAUGGCACCGACACUUGCCAUAGCAGAGAAAGCAUCCGUUCUUGAUAGUACUAACAAGAAAUAAGUUCGUGGUUGGUAUCGGCGACAGGGGACACUUUAUAUCGCUUCAAGGGAAUAUACUAUCAUACGAACACAUAAAUGUAUUUGCGCAAUUAAAAUUCAUAAGGGUAA